ACGAAUCCAGGGGCACGGGUGGAUAAUGGAUGCGGCAGAAUUGCAGUGAGCUGCGAAAGAAAGACUUCUUGCGCGCACUUCAGGGGAGCGCACGGGGAUUCGUCACGUCAGGGCAGGAAGAUUUUGCAGCUUUCGAGAGCUAAACGACUGCUCUGAAGCUGAGGGUUAUCGAGGGUUUAUCCAUCAUUGAGGACGGUGAGGAGCGGAGUUGGCGGUGGCGGAAUUCCCUGUUGGAGAUAAAGCAUGGCGUUAGCAUCGCACCCCGUGGGGGCGUCUGCUUCCGGCAUCGCUUCCAGGAAUUUGUUCGUUGAUUCUGAACGUGGAAGAUUUGCUCCGAGCCGGGAGAUUUUUGUCGCCUGGAAUAGCAGCAGCAGCAGUAGAUGCGGCGCAAGCAAUGAGUCGAGUUUCAGUUGCCGUGCGAGCUGCCGUAGUUUUAUCACAUCUUGCUCCUCUCAACAUAAGCGUGCUCUCUGCCUGUCAUCAUGGAACUACAAAUGUAGGGUUUCGAAUUUGACCAAUGGUGUCUCUAACACGAGGAGUGUCAGAUGUUCCUCCCUAUCUUUUCAAGAUUCGGAUGCUUCUUCUGCCCGUGCGGGUGAUGACGCUAAACUUGAGAAGAAAAAGGAGCAGAGUUUCGAAGAGUUUUUGCCAGAUUUUGACGAACUUUCCAAAGAUGAACUUCAGUCUUUUCUCAAUCUGGAGCUGCAGAGUGGUUUGGACAUGGACACAUACAAACAUUAUGAAAUUAUGUUCGUAAUUCAUGAAAAGAAUGCAGAGGAGGUCCAAAGUGUAAUCGAGAAAGUUACUGGUUUCGUUUUGGCAAAUAAGGGGUUUAUCUAUAGAAUCAACGACUGGGGUAUGCGACGAUUAGCGUACAAGAUUAAGAAAGCAGAGAAGGGCAAUUAUGUGCUGAUGAAUAUCGAGAUUGGAACCGAUGUCAUCAACGAUUUGAAUACUAUGUUUGAAAAGGACGAGAGAGUGAUAAGGCACAUGGUAAUGGCUCAAAAGGAGGCGAUAUCGGAUGACUUCGAACCACCUGAAGAAUGGCGACCUUCAGGUGCAUCUGCUGAAGGUGAACAAGCAGGAGAGGAUGAUGAGGACGAAGAAUAUGAAGAAUACGAGGAGGAGGAAGAGGAAGAAGGAGGGGAAGAGGAGUUAGUGCAAACAGUCGGAGAUCUGGUCCUGGAGAGACAGAAGUAGCGUUCAUAUAACAUUAGUUUCAAAUAUGAAUUAUGAAACACCCAGAUGGGGCGGGGUUUUGCAGUAUUAGGUAGGGUUACUUGAGAUUGUGCCUUUAAGCUACGAGCGGCAUAUUACAGCCAUAGCCAAGUUAGGAGAGCUGGACUAGCUUCUCCAGUAAAGAGUCAAUGAAGUUUAGAUGUAUGACUGAAACAGUUCAUAAAAAAGUUUCUAGGGUCUUAGUGUUGGCCCACUCUGAGAGGUGCACCGGGAAAGUGAAGAAGGUGCCUUGUGCAUUGCGA